AUGAGCCAACAACAGCCCCGGAAACCCGCCUGCUGUGAUCAGCUGGAGGAGCCGAUCAAGUACGGUGACGUUUUCCCUCAUGUUGAGGGCGACCUGGCUAACAAACCGGUGACGCCGGAGGAUGCUGCGGCUCUUCAGGCCGCAGAGACUGUCCUACUCGGGAAGACGCUGCAUGGCGGUGCUGCUGCCACGAUACAAUCUGCUGCCGCAAAAAAUGAGAGGGCUGGCCUUGUUGGUCGCGGCAAAGAUGUUGGUGAUCAAAUCGUUGCUGAAGACGUAAUCACGAACACAGAUUUAGUUGGUGCACAGGAGGUUGUGACGGAACAUAGAGAGAGGGUUCCUAUUGGACCAUUGUCGACAUUGAAUCCUCACGAAGAGGGAGGAGGAGGAAUAACGAUCGGCGAAGCAUUGGAAGCAACCGCUUUAACAGUGGGGGAGAAGAUAGUGGAAUGGAGUGAUGCCGCUGCAAUCCAGGCGGCAGAGGUGCGAGCAACUGGGCGAAUGAAUAUAGCUCCGGGAGGCAUUGCUGCCACUGCACAGUCGGCCGCAACUAUGAAUGCUCGAGUAACACAAGAUGAGGACAAGACCAAACUUGCUGACGUUCUGAAGGAUGCUCGAACAAAGUUGUCGGCGGAUAAACCAGCAACUCGACGGGACGCAGAGGGGGUGACCGGAGCUGAGAUGCGAAAUGACCCUUAUCUCACUACACAUCCCACCGGUGUUGCCGCCUCCAUUGCCGCCGCCGCGAGGCUCAACCAAAGCAACUACAGCAAUAAGUAGGAUCAAUUCGUUUUGUUUUAUGUGUAUAUAUAAAUCUGUUUUUGAUCCUUCCUUUUCCCUUCCAAAACAGUGAGUUGGAUGUUUUUCCUCUUAAUUAAUCACUAUUUUAUUUUAUUUACUACUAUUGGUGUUUGGAUGUUUGAUUAAUUUUAAUUCUACGUUCUAAAUUUAUGUUGUAA